AAGAAGAAAUGCUAUUAAUGUAUAAUUUUUUUGUGGAUGAUAUCUGUAAUUUGGAUCAUUUAGAAGAAGCUUGUAAAUUUUAUAGAAGAUGGCCCGUGAUGGCCCAUAUUAGAUAUGAUAGCACCAUUCACUCUGACUUGGAAACUCGUAUCUUAGGAAAGCCAGGGAGUUGUUUUAGGGCUGGUAUCCCGUAUCCGUGAGCCUGUGAUAUACAUUUUGAUAUAUACUCGAGCUCAUAAAGGAGGCUGGAGCAAUCAAUAUUUAUAAGAUAUGGAGCAGAAGGGAGUUUAGAAGUGAUUGCAUAUAAUGUCCUAUAAAUAUUAAAUAGUCGUUGCAAAUUCUGAAGAAUGGAUGAGGCUUAUAGAUGUUGUUCAAAGACACAAUGAAUGAACAUCCAAAAAUAAAUACAUACAUCAUUUCGAUGAAUGAGAAAUCUGACCAGGACGUCCGCUGAAGGUUUUGAGAUUGUACGAACAAAUGCUUGAUAGUGUAAUCUAGUCUGAUUCUUGUGUGUAUAAUGUGCUAUAGGGAGUCAAGAUCCCGUAUAUGUGAUUCUUGAUGGUAAAGAUAGUGCUGAAGAAAUUACUUGAAACUGGUUUUUGAGUUGCUUUCUGGGUUUCUUGGACAAGUGGCAACAGCUUCUUUGUGACUACUCAUUUUGGAUAUCUUGUUCUAGGUGCUCUGGGUUUUUACUUAAGUUAGUGUUUGGACCAUUUUUCCAAGAUAUGCUAACCUUUUUCAAGCCCGUCCCCUUUCUUGGUUGAAAUGUUGUUAUUUCUUAUUUCCUAAUUUUCUUCCCAUAUGUUUUUUGAGGCAGCUCACGAGAAUAAUCUCCUAGAAGGCGCCAUAUAUGAGGAGUGGUGUCUGUGAGAAAAGGGCUAGUGCCAUUGAGGGCCACAUAGGAAUGCUUUCUUUAAACGUUGUAAAUUCACAAGGCAUAUAUGUGUAUACUUUUUCAACAUGCGGGCUUCUGCUGAUCCCCAAGAUAUUUUAGUCAUUUUUUAUGUGUUUUGUGAUAUAAGGUAUCUGCUCUUUAUAUCUAUUAUACCUUCCUUUUGAUCCUUGCGGGGGAACUAUGAAUACAAGUGCUACAUGCUUAGCAUUGCUAUAUCGCUCAUAGGUCAUUGUGAAGUUUAUUUUGCGGGAUCCUACAUACAGAGUCAAGCUUGAGUCUUCCCUUGGAAACCAUAUUUGGAGAACUAAAGCUCACUAGAAGGUAAAGAUUUUGCAGUUCAUCGAGUAACUCAGACUGGGAAAAAGAAAGAAUCCUUGCGAAUUGUCUUCAGCUUUGCAAGCUAGUCGAAGAUAAACGACUUAUUUAAGUAAUUAUUGGCUUUCGAAGUAGAUGGAGAAUAAUUGAAACCUUGGUUUUCACUUGCUGGACAAUGCCAAGGACAGUUAAAGAAUUAUUUUUGCUUGCAUGUAAUCUGCAGGGGUGAAGGAAAUGAAGAGAGAGCAGAUGGGAAACGGAUGAAUUUAAUGAAUUUGUGUGGAAUUUUUAGUGAAAUCCCCAACUCGUGCAAAACCUCAAACUUUACAAUUCAGACAAAACAUGUCUACAGUCUCACUUACACCAAAGAACCAAACCUGUCUUAUCGAAAAUGCCAAGCCUGAUAUAUGGGGGGAAAAAGAGGCUUCUGAUACUAAUAUUUUUGUAAUUUUCAAAUUGUCGAUUGCUGCCUAGCAGGAUCCCGCAGCUCACAUCCACUCUUGGAAAUUAUCAAUCUACGAACAUCGAACUCCCUUAGAAUGUCAUUAUUUAGAACAAAGUUCCAUUUUUUUACUCCUUCGAAAUCUUGUUUAUUUUAGUCCUCUCCGCCACUAAAUGGCUAUAAAAUCAUCUGAUUAGCCUAAGCACAAUUUCAACUUUUUACACACUUCACUGAGAAUGGCCUGUGUAUCCUUCCACCUGGCUUUCUACACGUGGUGCUCGACCAACCGAAAAGGCCAGGAGAAGAAUAAACGGAAACUUAACUGUGUUAAAAUCAAUGGGACUGACGGUUUCUCGCCUUCAAAAGUGGAUUUAUUGAGCCAAAAUGGAUUGGCUAUCACUUCUGUUGAUUCUGAGGCAAACGUGUGUAUCACCAAAGAGCAGUUUCGACAAAAUAUUCCCACGAAAAAGCAGCUAGUCGAUCCAUUUCGCCAAGGGGUUAUCAUUGAGGAGGAAGUCCGAUACAGGCAGACUGUUGUCAUAAGGUCAAAUGAAGUUGGGCCUGAUAAAACUGCAACAAUUGAGAGUAUUCUCAACCUGCUUCAGGAAACGGCAUUAAAUCAUGUAUGGAUGUCAGGGCUUCUUGGUGAUGGAUUUGGAGCCACUCAUGGAAUGAUGAGAAAUAAUCUCAUUUGGGUUGUUUCAAGAAUGCAAGUUCAAGUGGAUCAUUAUCCAAUCUGGGGGGAAGUGAUGGAAAUAGACACGUGGGUCGGAUCAUCAGGGAAAAAUGGAAUGAGGAGAGACUGGCUACUCGGAAGUAAAGCCACAGGCGUCGUUUUUGCACGUGCAACCAGUACGUGGGUGAUGAUGAACCAACGAACUCGACGCCUGUCAAAAAUGCCAGACGAGGUAAGGGCUGAAAUUUCACCUUGGUUUAUUGAUAAACAAGCAAUCAAGGAAGAAAGCCCUGAAAAAAUAGAUAAGUUGGAUGAUAACGCGCGUUAUGUGAACUCAGACUUGAAGCCAAAGAGAAGUGAUUUGGACAUGAACCAUCAUGUAAACAAUGUCAAGUAUGUUCGAUGGAUGCUCGAGGCAAUUCCUGAUGAAUUUUUGGAGAAUCAUCAGCUCACUAACAUUACAUUGGAAUACAGAAGAGAAUGUGGGAGUUCAGAUGUAGUUCAAUCCCUUUGUGAGCCUCAGCAACUUGAACUGAUAAGUGCUGGAAUUCAACAAAAUAAUUACAGUUGUUUGAAUGGAUAUUCAUUUUCAUCAGGGAUUCUCGAGGGAAAUGGAUUACUGGGACCCUUAAAUCAGUGGCCAUUUAGCUACACUCAUCUCCUUCAGAUAAAAGGGGACGCAAAAAAUGAAGAAAUUGUUAGAGGAAAAACUAAAUGGAAAAAGAAACUCAUUUCCUCCCAAUUCUCUCCCUAGAAACUUUAAAAAAAAAAAAAAUGUAUAUAUUCAAGAAUAAUAAAAUCCGAAAGCCUAUCCAAUCCAGGAUUCAAACUUAAAGAAAAAUAUUACUUGGCGUCCUCAGAUCUGCUACAAGGAAAGCAGAACGUGUACAAAGAAACGUGCCUAUGCUGAAAUUCAAGUUCAUUGGAAGUGAAAAUUGCAGCAUGGCCAAAAAUCAUGGAUUUUAUGGCGAUUUUUGGAAUAAGGCAUAUUAUAUUUGUAUGGAUAGGAUCCUAGAAAAAUUUGUAAAAUGCAUUGUUCUGUUAACGUGUACUAAUCAAAUAUGUGAUUAAAGAGAAAUAAAACUGUCACCCAUCAUCAUUAUUAUAUUAAAAUAUAAACUGCUUAUGAUUAAACAGGCAAAUAUAUUUCAACUGGUAUGGAUAAAUGACAAAACGGGUUCGAUGAAAUUUAGGAAAAACUCAAGUUAGUGAUGCUAAAAUUUGGAUACAUACAAGGCAAAAUUCCAUGUAUGUCACCAUUAAAACAAUGCAACUAAGGUCACCAUCACAUCUUCCAGGGAGUUUUCUUUACAAACGCUUUGCGAAAACACGACCACAUCCUCGAAAAGAUCUUCUAUACGUAGACCAGUUAUCAACGAUCACCAUAAUCAUAAAUGAUUAAAGCGUGCGAUUUUAAAAAUCUAAGCAAAAUUUAUAUAUUCAACAAGCCAUGCUCCAAAUAAUUUUCAUCUAAAUUGCAUCUAUAUCGCAUCUAACAAGAAAAAAAAAUUGGCAAUUUCUCUUACAUGAAUCAAUUUGUAACAUCUAUCCUAAAAGAGCAAACAUUUACAGUAAUU